UCUGUUUAGGAAGUUAUUUAUAUUCAUUUUGGAAAAUACAUUGCAGUUUAAUAAAUAAAAUAAAUGCCACCCAUUAGCCCACAACCAGGAGGGAGCUACUUACAUUUUUGUGUGUUUAUUUCUACUGGCAUUGUUUCCAUUUAUAUUUGUGUUUGGACAUAAUUGGGAUAAUACCAAUUAUAUACAGCUUUGUGGCCUGCUGAUUUUACUUAACAUUGUCUUUUGAGUUUUUUCCACAUCAGCAAAAAUCCUUAGUGAAGAAAAAUUUGCUGUAGAGAUGACAGAGUUCCCCUUGGCCCUCUUAGGGUCCGGGGCUGGGUCUGGAAAUGAACCUGACAAGGACAGGUUAACAAGAGAAAAGCAUGCACGUUUAUUUAAUAUAAGCUUUAGUGGCAUGGUAACCUUCGAGAGGAACUGAAGACACAAACAAACACACCUGAGUAUUUUGUGCUGGGUUUGCUGAAGAGUGGAAGGGUCUGAUCACAUAAGGGGUAACCGUCCUAAAUCUGAAACUUAGCAGGGGCUGCUUGUUAGCAUUCUUCUUGGCGUCCCUUUGCCUUGGGUGAGAAGGGUGCUUCUCUCCUCUAGGUAGAGAGGGCACCUCUCACAGGUGGGUUUUUCAACCUGUUUCAGGCCAGUAGGUGAGGUGGGGGAGGAGGUCAGAGUGACUGUCCCCUUCUCCCCGGUUUCUCAGACUGCUUCAGCUUAAAAUACUAUGUCAAGGUGACAUACUUAGGGGUAACAGGUCCUGAACCCCAUCACAUUCAACAGUUACUCAUUACAAGGAUAUUCUGUGCCAGAUCUUAUUUAAGCACUGGGGACAGAGAAGUGACCAGAACAGUCCCAGUGCUUCCUCUCAUGGAGCUUACAUCCAGUGGGAUGAGCUAAUAAAUUUGCAAACGCAUGUGAGGAUCAUCAAGUGGUAAGUGCAGUGAAGGAAACACACAAUAAGUGUGUGUGCUGUCCCGUUGUUUUUUAGUGAAGUUGGGCUGAUUUUACCUUCCCUGUGGGAGUGUUUGAGGGUGUCUGUCUCAUUUCAUUUUCUCAUCAGUGAAUGUGAGCAUUUUAAAAAGUUCGUUGAUUUUCUAGAUGACUAGCGAUAGUCCUUUGCAAUUUGCAUGUCUUGGAUAUUCAGGAAGUUGAACAUUUUUACAUAACCAUGUGCAUUUCCUCUUCAUUGACUUUUCUGUGAUCUCUGCUCACUCGCCUCUUGAGAGUCUAGUGUUUUCUGUUUUGAGUAAGCUCUUUACAUUACUGAUUUGACGUCGAGUCUUUUUGGUACAUAUAAUAGACCGACAAAUCUGCUUAUGUGGUGACUGUAAGCAGGAAGGAAAAACGGGAAGCUUAGAAUUCCCUUCUCUUCCUGCCCCUCCUGCCUCCUAAUGCGAUGACGUAAAAGGGAUCCGAGAAGGAAAUGGUGUCCUUUAGGUGGAAAGAAGUGAAGAAAGAAAUUUAAAAAGCAAAUCUCUAGAAGAUGCCUGUGUUCUUCAAAACACUUCGAAAUCAUUGGAAGAAAACUACGGCUGGAAUCUGCCUGCUGACAUGGGGAGGCCAUUGGCUGUAUGAGAAACACUGUGAUAACCUGCUGAGGAGAGCCGCCUGCCAGGAAGCCCAGGUGUUUGGCAACCAGCUCAUUCCUCCCAACACACAAGUAAAGAAAGCAACCGUCUUUCUCAACCCUGCAGCCUGCAAAGGCAAAGCAAGGACUCUAUUUGAAAAAAAUGCUGCCCCGAUUUUACACUUAUCCGGCAUGGAUGUGACUGUCGUUAAGACAGAUUAUGAGGGCCAAGCCAAGAAGCUCCUGGAGCUGAUGGAGAACACGGACGUCAUCAUCGUUGCUGGAGGAGACGGGACACUGCAGGAGGUUAUUACCGGAGUUCUUCGAAGAGCGGACGAGGCCACCUUCAGUAAGAUUCCCAUCGGAUUCAUCCCACUGGGACAGACCAGUAGCUUGAGUCAGACCCUCUUUGCCGAAAGCGGAAACAAAGUCCAACAUAUUACCGAUGCUACACUUGCCAUUGUGAAAGGAGAGACAGUGCCACUUGAUGUCUUGCAGAUCAAGGGUGAAAAGGAGCAGCCCGUGUUUGCAAUGACUGGCCUUCGGUGGGGAUCCUUCCGAGACGCUGGCGUCAAAGUUAGCAAGUACUGGUAUCUCGGGCCCCUGAAAACCAAAGCGGCUCACUUCUUCAGCACUCUUCAGGAGUGGCCCCAGACUCACCAAGCCUCUAUCUCGUACACGGGACCUAAGGAGAGACCUCCCAGUGGAGCAGGAGAGACCCCUCCUCGGCCCUCUCUGUACCGGAGAAUAUUGCGGAGACUCGCAUCAUACUGGGCGCAACCGCAGGACGCCCUUUCCAAGGAGGUGAGCCCCGAGGUCUGGAGAGACGUGCAGCUGUCCACCAUCGAACUGUCCAUCACCACACGGAACAGCCAGCUUGACCUCGAGAGCACAGAAGACUUUAUGAACAUCUGCAUCGAACCUGACAGUGUCAGCAAAGGAGACUUCAUAACCCUUGGAAGUAAAAAGGUACGAGACCCCAAGCUGCGCGCCGAGGGCACCGAGUGCCUGCAAGCCAGCCAGUGCACCCUGCUGCUCCCCGAGGGCACGGGGGGCUCCUUUAGCAUCGACAGCGAGGAGUACGAGGCGAUGCCGGUGGAGGUGAAGCUGCUGCCCCGGAAGCUGCAGUUCUUCUGCGACCCCAGGAAGAGAGAGCAGCUGCUGCCCCGCUCCGCCCAGUGAGCGGCAGGAGGCCGCCAGCGGGACCAACGGAGCUGAUGCCUCGCCUGUCCCCAGUGCUGUCAGGGGAUCCCAGGGCAUUUCCAUGGCACGCCCCUCUGCCCUUCUCACAGUGCUCCCCAAAGUGUGCUGGGCACCCGCCUUCCUAGCGCAUGCUUUACUCCGAGACAGCUGCUCCCCAGGCUAGUUCAAGGGCGACUCACACUCAACGGCGGGAAGAGGGCUAGACCUCCUUAUAUCCCCAGUGCAACCACAGUGCGAGCAGGCGCCAGGCUCGCCCCUCCCUUCCCGUCUGUUCUCUGGCCACCCUAGGACCCCCCGCCACCGAGUCCGGCUCCAGGCACCCCCAUAGGUGCUGCUGCUUGGCGAGCUCUGCUUGUUUCAGGACAAUCCUCAACCCAAAAAUGUAGCCGAGGUGUUUCCCUCUUCAGCCUGGGCUGGACUACUGUAAAUACCCGUGUUUUUUGUAAGUAGUGUUUCUUAAAUAUUUAAAUGUUGGCUUGCAUGACGACUAGCUGGGGUGCAUGUUGAAAACUGACUUCAUUGGGCUCCAACCCAAACCUAAACAACUCAAUCCAGGUGGAGCCCAGGAAUCCGCAUUUUUUCUAAAAAGCAGCCUCCCUUUCAGAUUAUUCUACAGGUUGUCCCCCAGCCUCACCGGGACAAAGUGUUGUAAAGCCGCAGACUUCCUAGAACUUUCAAAAACCACGUAUCCUGUCCCACUUUUAGAUGUAACUUAAAAGUUUUCAUGGGAAGUUAGAGUUGCCAAAGUAUGUACUUUCUGCUGUCCUGUAAAUACUGAUAUUUUAACUCUUUUAAACAUAUUCAUCCAUUUACAAAAAAAAUAAACAAGUUCUUUAGUAGUUGGAAAUUUUAAAUGGA